UGUACCAAGUAAAAUAUAUAAAAAUACUGCGUUUAUUUUCAUUUAUAUAUAUAUAGGUAUAAGUAAGCGUGCAAGUAUCAGAAGUCGUCUGCAGAGUGUCAACGUUCAAAAUCUAUAUACGAAACUGUCAAAAUGCAGUGUCACACGAGGUUAAAGUAUAUACCAGAGAAUUGUGCAUAAACAUGUGAUUGUCGUUUGACUUACGACAGGGAGUGUAUAACUUAUAGAAUAAGACUCGAGCAUGGGUUCGGAGCAUAGUACGCAAGCCGUUGGUGUCCAGGAGGCCGACAAACGAACCAAAGCUACGCCCCUGCGCCGAGGUAAAAGCGUACCCAACCGAGAAAGUCUGCCCGACGACACGCCGCCGCGCUGCUCGAGUCCCGGGCUGAGCGUUUGCUCGGACUCGGAUCUGCCUUACAUAUCUUACACGGUUAACAGGCCGAUAGGAGAUUCCCCAAAGAUGACCAACAACAAACAGUCUCAGCUUCUUAGAGGCAAGAGCCUUGGUGCUCAGGAGCCUCGAAGAAAGUCUUCAGGGGGUACUCUGGACUACAAAAAGGCUGCUAAUUUGUCCGACAAGGCACACAACAUUGUCGUCGUUAAACCUGCGGUCUCAAAUCCCGCAAACGAGGUGGACCCUGAUUUGCAAAAACUUAAGGACAUUCCCAUGUUUCUGCCUAUCAUGAGGGGGACACUGAAUUUGCCUCCCAGAGUGAGGGAUCCCGAGGUUCUCGAGAGACUGGAUCCUAUUGGAUUGUUUAAUCUGUGUGCUAGGUACCAGCAUCAUCUUAAUGUUAGUGCGCAAAUGGUAGCUGGUGAGCAGAAUGCCCUUGUUACAAACAUUGACGCCGAGGUGAAUAAACUUAUGACGGUGGCAGCUGAGAGGCAAAAGAAGUUUGCCAAGCUAGCCGAGCAGUUGGGCAAAGUUCACGAACUCAGCAGGCAGCUGACCAAGUGCCACAUGCAGCUCAAUCAGACGCUCGAAAGUUUGGAGACACUUAACAAUGUGCUACCUGUCGAGGAGAGGCUUGAGCCUUUUGUUUGGACAACGGGAUGA